ACAAUGGACACGCUCAUUUGUUUAGAUCCCAAACUGUGGGAAGACGGCUGAAGCUAUAACGGGGAUGCAAGAUUAACUUUUAAGUAACGUUACACUUUAUGAAAGACAGCAUUGUGUCGUUAGUCUUCUCCAUCCAGUCCAAAAUGUUCACAUGGGUCCGAAUAUGGCUUCUCCUCACGGUUCUUCACACUCUGGCUCUUGCUGUUGUGCCAAGAAGAGAGAGGAGAAAUGUCCUUUUCAUCAUGGCAGAUGAUUUGCGGACAUCAUUAGGCUGCUAUGGGGACUCUGUGGUCAAAUCCCCAAACAUUGACCAACUGGCAUCCAAAAGCAAAGUUUUUCUCAAUGCAUAUGCACAGCAAGCUGUGUGUGCUCCCAGUCGUACGUCCAUGUUAACUAGUCGGAGACCAGACACCACCAGGCUCUAUGACUUCAAGUCUUACUGGAGAGUCCAUUCUGGGAACUACACCACCCUGCCACAAUACUUCAAAUCUCAAGGGUACUUCACUAUGUCUGUGGGCAAGGUGUUUCAUCCAGGUAUUGCCUCGAACCAUACUGAUGACUACCCUUACAGCUGGUCCAUCCCUGCGUACCACCCAGCUUCGUUCAGAUAUGAGAAAGAAAAGAUGUGUAAAGGAGAGGAUGGUAAACUCCACGCCAACUUACUGUGCGCAGUGAACGUGACCCAGCAGCCUGGGGGAACCCUCCCUGACAUGGAGAGCACAGACGAGGCAGUGAGAUUACUGAAGACUCGGGCCAACGACGACGUUCCUUUCUUCUUGGCUGUGGGCUUUCACAAACCACACAUACCCUUCAGGAUACCACAGGAGUACCUGGGUCUAUAUCCCAUAGAGCAAAUGACUCUGGCUCCUGACCCCAAUGUCCCUAAACUCCUUCCACCUGUGGCCUACAACCCCUGGACGGACGUGAGGAAGAGAGACGAUGUCCAAAAGCUCAACAUUAGCUUUCCAUAUGGACCAAUUCCUAAAGACUUUCAGCUGCGUAUCCGUCAGCACUAUUACGCUGCGGUGUCUUACAUGGACGCUCAAGUUGGGCGUCUGCUCCGUACUCUGGAUGAGCUGGGGCUGGCCAACAGCACUACGGUGGUGUUCACCUCAGAUCAUGGAUGGUCGCUAGGAGAACACGGUGAAUGGGCUAAAUAUUCAAAUUUUGAUGUGACGACACACGUCCCUCUCAUCUUCUUCGUUCCUGGGGUCACCUCAUGCCAUGAUCAGCUGCGAGAGUCCACCUUUCCCUUUAUUGAUCCCCUCACCCAAUCAAAGCCCAUCUUUAAGAUUGACAAAGUUAUGAGAAACAUGGUGGAGCUGGUGGAUGUUUUUCCUACCGUCUCCUACAUGGCUGGCCUCAAAGCACCUCAACCUUGUCCUGACAUUUCCUUCCAGAAGGAGUUGUGUACAGAAGGGAACAACCUGGCCUACACCUUCCAACACCAAGAACAAGGACAGGAUGAGGAAGCCAUAUCUUUCAGCCAGUACCCUCGACCUGCUGAUACACCACAGGUGAACUCUGACCUUCCUGAUCUUAAAGACAUAAAAAUCAUGGGUUACUCUCUACGCUCCAGGGACUAUAGAUACACUCUCUGGCUGGGAUUCAACCCUAAAACAUUUAAGGUGAAUGUCUCAGAUGUCCAUGCUGGAGAGUUGUACAUGUUGGCAGACGACCCCGGUCAGGAUAAUAACGUCUACAGUGACUUUGAGCCCAGUGUGAUGCUGACAAAGAUGGCCAGCCUGCCUCAUACGGUGAGCCUGCGGAGGAGAAUGAGGCUGCAGCUCCUCUACCUCUCAGCAGGGAGGAAAACGGGACGAAGGAAGGCGUGAUGACGAGAAUAAAACCCAACACAUGGACAGAUGGAGAGAUGGAUGGAUGUAAACUAUCUAGAAAAGGGAUCACGCCUUGAAUAUUUUUUUCUGGUUUAGUAUUAUGUGGUAUCACUAUUAAUCUUUCAGGCUCAAUUCUUCAGGCUAAUGUUCCUCGUUAAGAACUUAUUGGCAGGCAGAUCUGGGCACACACACAUGAGCAAAGUGAAUAAGAAAGCACUUUCAUUUUUUUUAAUUUCUUUGACAAAGACAAAUAUCCAUAAUGUGCACAGAAACCUCUGAUUGGUUUGUCUUCCUGCUGCCAAACACAACUUUUGGUGUUUUUGUCGCUGGGCGUUGACGCACCUGCUGUUGACGUCUGUGUAAACUUGAUGAUUCACUUCGUUCUAACUUUACAUGCCAGUACACAGAUUUCUGAUUAUCUACAGUGAUU